AUGGGCAGUAGCACGAAGGCCGACUCGCUAUACAUCACAGGCCUGGCCCACGAAUACCCGCCGUAUUCAUUCAAACAAGACCAAUUCGAAGAUGUUCUCAGGAGACUGCGUCCAGAUGACGUAACCUCGGCGGGCAUCCAGAAACUGAUCGACUUCAACCGCAAAACGGGAAUCUCCUCCCGCCCAACAAUCUUCGACUACACCACGUGGGACAAAGAAAGUUCCAUACCCCCACCCAUCGAUGAGCUCUCGCGACUCUUUCGAACUGUCGGCGUAGACCUCACUGCGUCCGCGUGCAGAAAAGCAAUGUUCGAAGCAGGCGUAUCCAGGGAAGAUAUAACGCACGUUGUUGCAGUGACAUGCACGGAUACCGGAAACCCUGGCUACGACCUCCUAGUCUGCCAAAGCCUGCGCCUACAUUCAGGUGUAGCGCGGACUCUUCUCCACGGUGUGGGCUGUGCGGGCGGUCUUUCGGCGCUCCGUGCAGCUGCGGAUCUUGCGGCAGCGGCAACGCAUCGGGGACGGCCGGCGAGGAUCCUGGUCUUUGCGUGCGAGCUCUGCAGUCUGUUUCUAAGGUGUGAGGUGGAGCUGGCUUGCCGGGAUAGCGAGCGGCUGCAUAUUGCUCCCGCGCUGUUCUCGGAUGCUGCUGCGGCGGUGGUGGUUUGCAAUGGGCUUGCGGUUGGGGAGAUGGGGAGGCCGCCGGUGUUCGAGCUGCUGGAGUGGGGGAGUAUGGUUGUGUCGGGGACGGUGGAGUGUAUGUCUUAUUUGACGGAGCCAAAUGGUAUGAUAGCGAACAUCACCAAAGACGUCCCGAAGACGGCGAUUGGCGCUAUACGUCCCAUGUUCGACCAGCUCCGUCACACCCUUGGCAUGACAUACAAGCAUCGUUCCUGGAUGCAUGCUCCACCUUCGAAGUUCGACUGGGCGAUCCAUCCAGGCGGCGCCGCAAUCUUGCAGGGCGCACAACGGACUCUGCAUCUUACAGACGACCACAUACGUGCCUCUCUCGAGGUCUACCGCUCGUACGGGAAUUCUUCUAGUCCGACGGUUCUCAUCGUGCUCGACAAGCUGAGGCAGAUGGGCGAGGGCAGAGAUCAUGUCGUGGCGACGAGCUUUGGGCCUGGAUUGGCGAUUGAGAUGUGUGUGAUGAAACGGUUCAAGGUUCUAAAGUCUUCAGCUCAUCACUCUGACCAGGAUACAACACUCUUUAUACAACACCUUGGUUGCUGUCUUGCGGGCCCUGAGGAAUACCAAGAAAUGCGGCAGGACCUUGGGGUCGGCGGCUCGCGAUGA